AAAAGAGGAGGAGGCGGAGGAGAACUGAGCUGAGCAGAGCAUCGAGCCAAAGGGGAGAUGAGUUUGUCUGUCCUCGGCUGAGGCUCCGGCCGGGCCUAGGGAACUGGGAGCUCGGGUUGGAGCGACACCGUGGAAGUGGGAGGAGGUGGCUCAGGGACUUUAACCCCUUGUGGGCUCUGCGGCAAGGGAUUUAACCCUUUGUGGAUCCGGCCCCUCCGAGGCAGCGUCAUCGGAUAGUUUUAACCCCUUCGGGGCUAGGUUUAACCCUUUGGACUUAAUCUCAUCUCUUUGCCCACCAACUCUUCGAUUGUGCUCUGCGGGGAGGCUUGAGGGCUGUCCCCUCCGUACAUUACGUACUGUUCCUACCGCUGCACCCCCUUGGACCCACUUAACUGGCUGCGCUGAGGGCACUUAACCCUUUACUGACUUGAGCUCCCCCAAGUUGCAACUGGAGUUUGCUGGCAGAAGGACUGAUUGAAGAGGUUCACUGCAGGAAUUACUAGCCGAAGAGGACGCCGUUGGAUAUUUUUAAAAAGAAAAAACCUUUUUUCCUUAAGGACUUUUCGCCAAAAUUUUUCAAACUUCGAGAAGAGGACUCUCUUAGCCAUGGCCGAGCCACUCCUGUCAGAAUAUCAGCACCGGCCGCAAACUAACAACUGUACAGGUGCUGCUGCUGCUGUCCAUGAAGAGCGGAACCCCGAGAGCCCCCCGGGCGCGGAGGAGCGGGUGCCCGAAGAGGACAGUAGGUGGCAAUCGAGAGCGUCCCCCCAGUCGGGCUGCCGUCCGGUGCAGGAGGGGGAAGGGAACCUGGAGCCCCGGCCACCUCCCCUACUGACCCAGGCCUGCCCAGAGCCUAGCUGCCCCGAAGCGGUGGAAAAGGGCCAGAAUGGGGACGACCUGCCCGCUGGCAGAGUCUCCCCGCCAGCGGCGGGAGGGGAGCCAAGGCCCGAGGCCGGACCGCCCGCCCACCCGUGUCAGGACUCCGAGGCCAACAAGUUGGGGACACCUGCCUCCGGGGGCGAGGAGAUGUGGGGACAGCAGCAGAGACAGCUGGGCAAGAAAAAGCAUAGGAGACGCCCCUCCAAGAAGAAGAGGCAUUGGAAACCGUACUACAAGCUGACCUGGGAGGAGAAGAAAAAGUUCGACGAGAAACAGAGCCAGCGAGCUUCGAGGAUGCGAGCCGAGAUGUUCGCCAAGGGCCAGCCGGUCGCGCCCUACAACACCACGCAAUUCCUCAUGGAUGACCACGACCAGGAGGAGCCGGAUCUCAAAACCGGCCUCUACCCCAAGCGGGCCGCCGCUAAAUCCGACGAUACCAGCGAUGAGGACUUCAUGGAAGAAGCGGGUGAGGAGGACGGGGGCAGCGACGGAAUGGGAGGGGACGGCAGUGAGUUUCUGCAGCGGGACUUCUCGGAAACCUACGAGCGGUACCACGCGGAGAGCCUGCAGAACAUGAGCAAGCAGGAGCUCAUCAAGGAAUACCUAGAGCUAGAGAAGUGCCUCUCGCGCAUGGAGGACGAGAACAACCGGCUGCGGCUGGAAAGCAAGCGGCUGGGCAGCGAUGACGCGCGGGUGCGGGAGCUGGAGCUGGAGCUGGACCGGCUGCGCGCCGAGAACCUCCAGCUGCUGACCGAGAACGAACUGCACCGGCAGCAGGAGCGAGCGCCGCUUUCCAAGUUUGGAGACUAGACUGAAACUUUUGGGGGGAGGGAGGAAAGGGGACUUUUUACAGUGAUGGAAUGUAACAUUAUAUACAUGUGUAUAUAAGACAGUGGACCUUUUUAUGACAAAUAAUCAGAAGAGAAAAUCCCCCCGGCUUUGGUUGGUUUGGUAAAUUUAGCUAUGAUGUAGCUUGCGUGCUUUCUCCUGUUCUUUAAUUAUGUGAAUCUGAAGGGUUACUUUUCUUGUUUUCCUUUUUAGAAGUUUUUUUUUUUUAAUGUGUAAUUUGACCAAGUUAAAAUGCAUUUUUCUGUUUAAAAAAAAAAAAAAAACCCCUCCUUAAACGGAGCUUUAAGGUGGCCAAAUCUGAGAACCAUUAAAUUCAUUCUAGUUAUAAUAAAUUUAAUAUUUGUAAAUGUAACAUAGUUUCAGUGUGAUUUCUAGCUAAUUCAAAAUAGUAGUAAUUUUUGUGAUUGCAUUUUUGGGGUAAAGAAAUCAUUAAAUUUGUCAGUUUGCAAAAAAUCUUUAAUGGGAGAAUUUUCAAUUUGCCAGAUAUUCUCUUGAAUGGGUUUUAGUGUGCUACAAUACACAGUUCAGGCAAAAUAUAAAAACUUAACUAUCUUCAAUACUUAAGUGUGCUUGCUUUCCAGUGCCUUGGUUUUCUUUCUCGAUGCUGGGUGUUUUGGGGAGUGCAAAGUGGCUAUAAUCAAAAGUUUACAUUUUAAUUCUGCUUACCCAUAAAAAGUCUGUUAACAAAAAUGUAAACCUAAUUUGGCAGUUUGUUAGGUUAGACAACAGCCUUGUGUUUCCUUUCUACAAGCUGGUUUUCAGCAAUCAACACCCCCUACCUCUGGGACAAAUAAGGCUGGAAGGAGUUCCUGAAUGCUUGGAAGAGGCUCUUGGUAAACCUUUUGCAAGCAAUGGUUAGGCUAGAUAAACAACUUGUGGAGCAGCUCUUUGUGUUAAGAUAUUUAGAGGUAGGGAAUACUGGAUUUAUAUGGCUGUUUGAGGGGGGUCCCAAGGACUUACUCUAAUUGUCUAACACUCAAGUGGUCCCUGUACUCAUUCCGCACCCCUCCCCCCCACUGUCAUCAAGUCGAUUCCGAUCAAAAAGGAAUAGGAGGGUUGAAAUCAGAGAAGACCCCUCACUCCAAAUCAAAGGUAAAGUUUCUGGUUAAUUAAGCUAAAUUAGGUCCUUAAGGGCUGAAUGAAGAACCCUGCAUACUCCUGUACAGCUGCUAUUCUCAACUACUAAACUGCACUGAUAGCUUUUUAGGUUCAGCUCUUAAAACAGCUAGAAGGCUCUGGCAAUUAAUUUUUGCUCCAAAAUCAAAACAGUAAGAAUGGUAAGAUUGUUCCUUCCUGUCACCAUAGUUUACAUCACCCAGCCCAUCUUCACCUGCCCUGUGUCGGUGUUUCCCUAGAGCAAUGGCUCUGUUCAAAUCACUAGCACAGGGGUUCCUUAACUUGGGGCCUUAGAAACCAGAGGGGGCCUUGGGGUCUGUGAACUCCAUGACAUUAUAUGUAAACUUGUUAUAUGUGCAUUUUUCUGGGGAGUUCAAAAGAAUCAUUGUCAAAUUCCCCCUGAAGGUUAAGAAUUCCUGCAGUAAAAGGAAAAAAAAAAAAACCCUGGUUUUG